ACCAGAAACAGGAACCAGAAAGGGGCAAUGGCACGACAAGUCGAGCCACUGCAGCAACGGUCCUGUCCCGGGAUCCGUAACGAAGAAACCAUGAUUUAAUCCAGGACUGUCAUCCGCUUGUGCAGUCGUUCGCUUAAGCUUCAACUAUUAUCAACUACACUGUACCGGCAGUGCUCACACAUUCGUUGCCUUCGCUCGUUCAAUCUCAGUCACUGGUGGUCAAGAGUCGACGCCAUGUUACCACCCUUCAGAAAACUAGCAGCGUUUGCGCUGUUGGUUCGAGGUAUUGAAGGAACGAGGAAUCAGGAUCACCACGACGCCGAUGUCACAACCGUCUAUGAUCCCACAUGCACUGGCAAUGUCACCGUGGUUGACACGACAACUGUGCAUGUGACUCACUAUGUCGAUGUGAUGGUGAAUCGCACUACAACGAACACUGUCUCGACAUGCAUCACCGAAUACACGACAACUACUCUGUUGUUUACCGUCGCCGUCACGGAAACGGCCACGAACUGGACCACCAUCACAAAUACAGACACGGACUCGGUGACCGUUACAACUACCGACACAGACUCGGUGACCGUUACAACUACCGACACAGACUCGGUGACCAUCACGAACACGGACACAGACUCGGUGACAAUCACAAACACAGAAACCGACUCGGUGACAAUCACAAACACAGAAACCGACUCGGUCACCGUCACCAACACCGAGACAGAUUUGGCGACCAUCACAAACACCGAGACCGACUCAGCUACCAUCACCAACACCGAAACUACAACAACCACGGUGCCGGCGACGGUCACAACGUACACAACGCAAACGAUUUUCUCGACUACGGUAGACCCAUGCCCGAAAUCCUGCAGCAUUUCCGCCGAAACGGUCAACUUGUACUUCUGGCCAACCGAUAGACCAUACACAUACCCGUCCACAUAUGUUGACCCCAAGAUGGAUUACACCUUCACCUCACCAUCUGUGUACAUGUUCAUCCCCACCGCGCGGGGGAUAAACACGCGCGGCGAGCCGGCGGGGCCGUCCACGACGGCAUGGAUGCUGCCUCUGGACCUGUACGAGGUGUCCACCAUUGCCCCGGGCCUGGGGGGUAACGUGACGCGCCAGCUCACCCUCGCCGACCUGGGCACCGACUGCCCGCAGACGGCCGACCCGACCGCCAUCGCCACCAUGGUGGACUCCCGCUGCGACCCCAUGCUCGCCGCGCCCAGCCAGGUCCGCUCCUGGGCCUACCCGUGUAACGCCUGCGGCCGCUUCGGCCUGUUUGACCCGCCCUACGCCGUGCCCACCCUCACGGGCAGUCUAGUUGUGGUACCGCCAACGGCGACGGUGACGGCCACGGCGACGGCAUCCCCCGCGCCGCCGGUUAGUGUCACCGUACCCGUCACCCAAACCGUUGUCACCCCGACUCCUCCCGCUUCGCCUCUCCCGCCUCCGCCCCCGCCUCCGCCCUCGGCUCCGGUUGACGUCGGCGUUCUCGUCGUGGCCUACUAUGCCGCCGACGGCAGGCCGAUGGGCACAAUCACCAACACGGUCACGGGCAUCAGCGGGACUGUUACGAACUCUGUGGUGCUGCCGGCUGCGGCCACGCUUUCUUCGGGUACCAUCGGCACUAUCGGGACUGAUGUACCCGUGUCCAGCAGCUCUGUCGGCUCGGUACCGGUACCGGGUACCGCUACCAGCGGACAGCAGUCCGGACAGGAGACAGGCUCGAGCUCAGGGUCCGGGUCUGCAUCGCCUGCCACGACUCGGACGGGCUCGUCGACUGGGUCGUCUGCGGCACAGUCCGGGUCUUCAGCGUCGGAAACGACGUCGGCUUCUUUGACUGCUGCGCCGUCGACUGCGUCGGGUUUGAGGGAUAGUGUUGCAGGUAGCCUGGGCGCGUGGUUGAUGGCAAGUGCCGUUGUUGUGUUUUUGUGGUUUUGAUCUGGUCAUGAUGUUGUUGGUUGGGUAAUUGGCAUUAUAUGAUGGACUUGAUGUAUCUGCUGCUGCCGCGGCCUUGUAAUGAUUUGGGAUUCGCCCUCUCUAAGCGUAUUAAGUAAC